AUGCCGCGACUGUCCAUCCUAUCGUCUGUGACCAUCGCAGCCCUGGUGGCCGGUGGACGGGCUGAUCUCCAGUCGUGUCCGUCCGAUGUUCCCUUCAGCUGUACCAAUUCGACCUCCGUGUCGGAUUCCUGUUGCUUCAACUCCCCCGGAGGCGCGCUCUUGUUGACCCAGUUCUGGGACUAUGACCCUGCGACGGGUCCUUCCGACUCCUGGACGCUUCAUGGGCUUUGGCCCGACAACUGCGACGGCUCGUACCAGCAAUUCUGCGAUUCCUCGCGCGAGUACUCCAACAUCACUGCGAUCCUGCAGGAACAGGGUCGCGAUGACCUGCUGUCGUAUAUGAAGACCUACUGGCCCGACUAUCAAGGCGACGACGAGAGCUUCUGGGAGCAUGAGUGGAACAAGCAUGGAACAUGCAUCAACACUAUCAAACCUAGCUGCUACACCGAUUACUCUCCGCAGCAGGAGGUCGGAGACUAUCUGGCAAAGGCAGUCGAGCUCUUCAAGGGCCUGGACACUUACAAGGCCCUUAGCAGUGCUGGCAUCACCCCCGACUCGUCCAAGACCUACAAGCGGAGCGAGAUUGAAUCCGCCCUGGCGAAGCUUCACGGUGGUUCCACGCCAUACCUGGGCUGCAAGGACGGUGCGCUGAGCGAGGUGUGGUACUUUUUCAAUGUCAAGGGGAACUUGAUCGACGGCCAGUUCAAACCGUCCGAAUCGCGUAAGUUAUAUUUUGUUUUUGUGAUGCACUUGCAUAAGAGCUAA